CACUCACUUGCUACACUCAGAGUGAGCGAGAGAGCAACAAAGUCUUAAGAGAGUGUGUGAGUGGGAGAGGAAGGAAUUGGGUCACCAUAGGCCAAACUCAUGCCUGGAACUGUUCAAGUUUCAGGUUGGUUUUCGUUUCCUUCAUUCUUAUUGUUUUACCAGAGAGAUAAAAUGGCUAACAUUAAAGAAAAAAGAACAAAAAAAAUAUAACAUUAAGAAAACGAGAGAUGAAUGGUUACUCGAUGUUGCAGUUCUGGAGUUGGCAGAUCUUCCUCCAUCUCUCCUUGGAUCAGAGGGGAAUCACAUAUGCAUAAGGGUUGCAAUUGGGAAGCAGCAAUGCGAGACAAUGCUCCAUACAUUCAUGGAAGUGUGGAAACUGGGGGAAGCUUGGGUAUCAGUAUUAAAUUGGAACCCUGUCAAUUGUAGAGCGAGGAAAUUGGGAGGAUUUAUUCGAGUUAAUGGGUGGUGGGCGAAUUCAUCUAAAGCUCCAAUUUAUCCUUAGUGAUGAGGAAAUCCAGAGGGUUAAAGCCAUGAGAGAAGCAGCAUUGAGAAAGAGAGAAGAUGAGAUUUCUAAGAUGGGUGUUACCAUCGAGUUUAGAAGAAGCACAAAUACUUGCAAUUUAGCCGUUUUGGAGCCACUCGGUGGUGCCGAAGAUUCAAGGGGACAAACUCCUGAUCAGGGGCUUGAGAACCCCCAACAAGGAGUUAAUCAAGGAAAGCCUCUCAUUAAACUAGUAAAAAAGUCCCCAGAUGGAAAUGGUGGUUUUCCUCCUUCAACACCUGUAUACGAUCCCACUGAUACAGAUGCUUUCAAAAAAGUUGAUCUGGCAGAGAAAGGUCAUAUCUCUACUGUACCUCCUUCAACACCUGUAUACGAUCCCACUGAUACAGAUGCUUUCAAAAAAGUGGAUCUGGCAGAGAAAGGUUAUACCUCUACUGUAAAGGAAAAGAUCAAGGCUUUUGAGGGUGGUCGGGACUCUCAGGUACACAAAACUCAGGCCAAUCCUUCAAUGAAAUUUCAGCUCAGCAAUAUUGACUCGGAGAGUGGUACCUUGCAGGUCCCAAGCAUAAAGGAAGAGGAAGCGACAAGUUUGUUAAUGGAGAUGGUCGGAAAACCAAGGAGGAAGGCUGUUAGGAAAGAUGGUGUUGGAGAAAAUAAGAAAGAUAAAGUUUCCAAGGAUGACUUGAAUUUGAGGCAGUGCUUACCCAUCAAUGAUUCCAUGGUGCCUAGAAAAGGUGGGGAACAUAAUGCAGCAGAAGGCCCAAGGGCAACAGGUUCUUGUUCCUCCAUUGAAGGAGGGACUGGAAAAGACACAAGGAGGUGGACUUUUAGGAGAGAUGAUGUUGGAGAAAUGAGGAAGGCAGAGAAGAAUCCUUUGUUAUUGGAGGAAAGAAAGGUUUUGGAGGAGGAAACAGAUUCAAGAAAGAAUUUUCUACUUGAUGAGCUCACAAUGGGUGAAGAAGGACAAGAAACCAAUGCAACAGAAGAUCCAAUAGCACUCAGUUCUCGUUGUUCUAAAGAGGAAACAAUCCUACCCAAUAAACAAGAGCAAAUGAAUUUAGCUGCUAAUGAUUUACAUGAGGAAUUGAUAUCAGAGGGUCAUGGCAAAAGCUAUAACACACUAAGCACUGUUGGGGAUUGGAAUAGAAGAUACAAUGCUAAGCAGUUGGAAGAUUUCAGUGCAAAAUCUGUCAAACUGAUGGAAUCUCGGGAAGAAAUACACCAUCCAAAACUAGUGGAAGCCGCUACCAGUUGUUCCUCUCUAGAACAUGUGUCCACUGCUUUAACACAUGGAGGAGCUGGAAGUAAAGGAGGACCUCCAUUGGAUAAUUUCAUUGGCGAAUUAACAGUUUCAGAAGAUCUGAGUUUUUUAAAAGAAACAGAUACCAACCAAGAGCAAAGUCACAUGAAUUACAACAUGUCAGUAUUAGAUGAAAAACCAAGUCAAAAUACUGGACAAGUUCACCUAGAUUCAGAAUUUCCAUCGAAUUCGAAAACUCAGGUAUCUCAGCCAAAGUUGGAUAGCCUAAUUGUUUCAGAGAAAACUCAGGAUGAACGCAGUUCUAGAGAAUGUGAGAACAGUAGAGUGGUUCCAUUCAAUUACAAUUUGGACUUGGUAACUUCAGUUGAAGCUUCAGAUGAAAUAGGGAAACUACUAGCACUCACUGAAGUGGAGGAUGAAAUCUUUGGAAGUUUGGGAGAUUGGAUAAUUACAGACAAAUUAGGACCUAAAUGUUUCACAACUGGGAGUAAGAAGUUGAGAAAUUUGGCAGUGGUAUGCGAUGAAACCCUAGAAGUACAAUCUGCAGAAACAACAUGUACUGGGAAGGUCAUUGGUCAAGGUUCACCAGAUCCAAGGGACAUUAUGGAGAAAAGAGAUUCUUGGAGUGUCAUGCCCCUCCUUGAUGUUGGCUUGAGGAUCGCUGCAGCAGUAGCAUGUGGAAUAAUUUUACUUAAUUCGGGACGAAGGUAGCUAAUUGCAUCUCAAUCUGCCUUUAUGUAUGGUGAAAGUUAUUCUAUUACUGUGCAUAAUAUUUUUGUCUCAUGUGAUGUUCAGGAUACUGGUAAAUGUUUUAAUUGUAUACAAUCAUUACUGUGAAGUUAUCAGCAUAACCUUGCUAUUUGUUUCCCACAAUUGGGAAAUAGAGUGCAAAACAACAAAUUCACUACUAAAACCUGCUUUUGUUUUUCUUAGUUUAUGUUAAUGGAUUCAUCCAUUCUGUUGUCCUC